CGACUGUGGUGAGCGAAGGAACCGUCUCCUGAGGCUGGCCCCUGUCGGCUCGCUCCUCCACGCCCAAACGCAGCUAUUGAUCUGUUUAGAGUGGCUCUAUCCUAAGAAGUGGAUGAUUAGAGUGGCACUUGUUAAUAAAAAAAAGUCGUUUAGUUUUUCUUUGCUAAGCAUUAGCAAUGAAAUAAUAAGUUACUUGAGACACAUUUCAGUUCGAAAUCAUAAACCUAAACAAGCACUAUAGCAUUCAAUAAACAAAAAAAAAAGGAUCUUGAAAAGUGAAUGGAAAACAGAAAUAAAAGCGUAUGAAAAGGGGGAAGUAAUUAAGGUUUUAGAUAUUAGUGACAGAAGUGUCCGUGACAGAUCUCCGGCGGCGACUUGAAAGAGGACCUGUGGAAGAUUUCCCCGAAUUUUUCCUCAUCGCAGAAAGCGGCGGCGGCGAAGGUGCCAGUAGCAAGGAACGAUGAUGACUCUUCCCCGGUGCUGGCACUCCUGCUGCUGUCUUCACCGUCAGGAGAUAGAUUGCCAUCAAGUUGCACUCUUCGGGGUGGAGUAACCAGCACCACCCCCCCCACCACCACCUCCCCUCGAGUCACCACUCUCCAAGAAAGGGAAACUUUGCCUUUCCUUUCCUGUCCUUUCCUUCCUUGCUCCCUUUCCGUUUACCUCCUGGCCCCGUUCAUUCGUUUUACCUUUACCUUUCCGGGUGGCAUCGUUCUUGCGGAAGAGAAGAAACGGGAAAUUUUCGGCAAAGCCUGAGCUGAGCAUUGCCAUUGUUACAUUGCUAAGACUUUCGUUAAUACCCGUCACCAACCAUGACGUCACAGCAUCAAAAUAAACAGCAACAACAACAGCAACAGACUGAAAGCAGCGCUCCUAAAAAGAGAUGUGGGUGCCACCUCAACAGUUUGGGCAGCGUCGGGUACUGCGUGGUGGCACUGGGCCUCACCACGUACGUCAUCACGACAGAAGUCCAACAGUUCAUCAAGUACCUCUUUCUGCCAUGGCCUCGCCAUACCACUCCUUACCUGGAGAUUAACGUGCACAUCGGUCUAGUCGGGGCAGCUGCCGUCUUAAUGUGUUUCUUCUUCUUCGCCGCCAUCUUCAAAAUCGGAAACUACGCCAACGAUGGUUACAGGAUGGGGGUGCAGGACGGGGCCUGCUCGAAAGAUCCCCCGCCGCUGCCUGGUGCCGCCGGGGGUUUGGUAAGGGCUGCUUGGCUCCACGCAGGCCCCACGGCGCCCUUCCUGCAUCUUCUCGUCGCUCACCUCCUCAUCAUGGCCCGACUCAUCAUGGAAGCCGUGGGCACGAAGGCCGCUUUCCUUCCUGAAAGUAAUGUCUGGUGGUCAGAGUUGUCUAGAGUCUUACCGCAUAAGGACAGAGAUUCCAUCUUCAAGAUUUUCGGAUCCAGUCAUGGGACAUCUACGCCAAGUACUGAAAGCGCAGGAACAGGAACUGUUGCAUCUCGGUACGAAGCCUCCACGUCUGUCACCCUCCGCGCAGCGGACCUUCCCGAAGACGUGUGGCACGUCGGGGAGAUUCCAUGGGGACCCUUCUCGCCCCAUUUCCUCAACUAUGUCCUAGCCCACCUUAUCUAUGCUGGAAGAUACGCUGGAGUAUUUUGGGGCACAAACAAAGGCCUUGGGUUGGUCUUCUUCACGCAGUUAAUCCUUAACGCAGCACAAAGCAUAUUUGCCAUCAAUGGAUUCCAGGUUCUGUAUAAAGUCCACAUCAUGGGUCCAGAAACUGUCCUGCCAGUGUACGAGGGGUUCCUGUUACCACUACCAGCCACUUUGGCCGUCUUCACGGCCUCCCAGACACUAGUCUUGGCAUCGGGGAGUGUCCUCUACAUCUACGGAUUCGUCAAAUUCAAUUCCUUCCUCAAUGCCGAGAAGGAGAAGUAUCACAUCUUGAGUAAACAUGGACACCAGACACCUUGGAGUUAUUGGCCGCAUUGCUGGGGUCUAACAGUGCUGGUGUUCAUGACGGCAGCUGCCUCACCUCUGGUACACGAUUGGACCGUCGUGUACAGGGCGUCGCUGGAUACUUCUGUGUUGGUUGCGACAAUUUCAACCAUCACUCAUCUCUUCCUGUGGAUUCUACUUUGGAUGGCUCUCACUGUCAAGUCUCGCUGGUAUUUCAAACUGCGGGUCCAGAUAUCGAAGACCAUCGUGACGAGUACUCAUUCCAUUAGACUAGUUAAUGAAGUACAGCUUUCAAAGCAGGUUGAAGACUCGGAAGGCCCGGUCAUGGUUAUAGGGGCAGGAAAGACGUACCUCCUUCAGGAGGGAAGCCCCAAGAGGUCGCUGAUGAAGCUCGUCAUGCACACCGUUACCGAGAAAAAGGCACGAGGGGAAGAAGAAGAGAUUUACUGGUUGCGGCCGAAACCUCCUUCGGGAGCCGCUGGUUCUUGGAAUAAGCGAAAGCACUCGCCCGGGGUCAAGCACACGGUCACCUUCAACGAUACGCCCUCUACUUCAAGGAAGCGAGAUUCUCGUAGCGGGUGUCCGGAUGUGCUCCACGAUCUCUCAGACACGGAGACCUCGGACAGUGACGGAGACUACGCAAGGCUCAGGGACGUAUCUUUCCCCGGACCGACGAGGAGGCUGUCAAAUAAGGAGGAGGAAACGGCAGCGGCAGUAGCAGCGGCUACGGCAGAGGAAGUGGUACCCCCGCCCCCUGCCGAAACCUCCGCCGUAGUACAGGAGUCCGAGGGCGUUUCCGCGGGCGCCGAGUUCCCCGCUCCGCCCCCCGAACUUACUGACCCCGCCCACUAUCCGCCCCCACCCUCGACACCGCCUCCACCACUUCCAUUACCUCCUGAGUCUUGUGCCAUGCCUGAACCACCUCCCGUAGAGACUCCACCGCCUCCAGCCCCUCAGCCUGUUCGCACCCAUCAUCAACCAAUUCAACCAGUUCAGUUGCAUCAUUCUGGAAAUAACCAGCUUAGUGUUGAGCAGCACAACUUAGCACAACCGCAUCCUCAGAUCAGCGUCCUUCGUGGAAAUUCUUUGGAAAGCAGUCCGGGACGCAGUGGAGAUUCCUCUACCCUCUUAGGCGAAGCCCCUCGUUGUUCUGACUCAUCGUCUACGGCAUCAUCAGUUAGUCCACCUGACAAGCGAUGUGACUCUGGGAUCCACUCCCAGGCCUCCUAUUCCUCUUCUUCGGCAUCCCAUUCAAAAUCUGGAUCAUCGGGAUCUGAGAGUUGCAUGCCCAUCCCUGCAGGAGGAGGACCUCCCCGGUGCUCUAGCGUCGAUGACCUGUGCAGGAACCAGCCCCCACCACCCCCUCCAGAACCGACCGUGAAGAGCCUCUCUCUGCAAAGGGGGGCAGUGCCUCCACCCGUCCCUCCAUCCAACCAUGGUGGACCUCCCCCUACUAGAGUUGGCAAGCCCAACAUAGAGGUUGUGGGCGGAGGUUAUGGAUUCUUGCCACCUUCAAAGUUUGUGGCAUCAGAGCCAGUCUACAGCGACGCCUCCACACCAGUUGUGAUUAAAAGACGAAGUUCUGUGACAGCUGUAGAGCCAGACACCCCUCCUUACGAACGCUCUGGAUCAUCUUUCACCACAUUCACAGAGCCUCAGUUGCCCAGGGCAGUUUUACAGGGACAGCCAUACGCAAUCAAGUCGCAGACUGUAGCAGCUCAUGGAAUGAGAGCUCGCCGGCUGCCUGUCGCCGACGCCAAGCAUGCCACCAUCGCUGGAGUCAUACCUCCCAAGGGCUUCCAUCAGCCGGGCCACAUCGAUUCCCGCUACUUCUCUGUGCCCGCCGUUAAGCCGCCAGGUACCCGCGUGCACCCGGCGCCUCCUCCCACCCUCUCCUCCCGCACCCCCUCCCUCCACUAACUCUCACGCCCCUGAUGUGCCUGUGCGAUUAUGAUUCUACGAGCCUGAGGCAACCAUACAGGAAAUACAGUAAAGGAUAAAUUAAUACUGGUGCAAUAGAAAAGUGACCAAACAGAAGAUUCAAAAACUAUUUGCUCUCGUCAUUGACUGAACCCAGUGACGGCGGCCAAAGAAAUAGUGAAAAGAACAAUAAGAAAUAAGGUAAAUUAGACCUUCCGAACCAGUGGUUGUCCUUUGCGCUAUGAGUUGUCAGGCUUUUCUUUAGAAGAUUAUAAACAAGUCUAUUGGAAAACUAGGUACAGGAGUGGGUGUAAACAUUCAACUGUAAGUUGUAACUCCUACAUUUUUUUGUGAAUCAUAUUCACUCAGUGACAGAAUUCUUUGAGUUUUAUUGAGGAUGAAAAUUGACUAGAAGUGUCGUCCUUGGUGAACUGAAUUACCGAGUGAAAAAACAUAAAGAAAAAGGUCACAAUAAACUCUCAUGAGCAAAAAAAGCACAUGUGUGUAUGUAUUGAUAUACAUGCGCAAUAUAUAUACAUAUAUAUAUACAUGGAACCUAUUUCCAGCAGGUCUGGCUACAACCUUUACAGGUGUUGUAUUUAUAUCAUCACUUGUUGAAAUUCCUAAUCACUUUCAGAAUUGGCAAAACGUGAAUUGGUAUAAUUUAGCUUUCAUUUUUGGUUUACAGUAUAUUGACAAAUGCCUUAUGACUGAUACUUUAUUUUGCUUUUGUGUUCGAUUUCCUGCUAAUCAAAUGCUAAGAAGCAAAAGGAUGAUUGUAAAAGACAAGCAGCAUUUCUUACUUGUUCUUCAUUGCGGUAUGUUUUAUACAUUUUAGCUGGUGAUACUGAUGGGUUUUUUAUACAUUUCGCUGGUAACACUGAUGUGUAUGUUUCUGACAAUAUGUAAUUACUAGGACAUAGGAAGCUCAUAGAGCGUUCGGUAAGUGUUUUUUCAUAUCAAUGAAUUUCAUUUUUGCUUUUUAAACAGUAAGGCUGUUCAAGAAACCCAAACAAAGAGGAAAAUAAUACCUAUGGCCAUAAAUUUGGUUUCAUAAUUCUUCCAAAGACGUGCGUUAUUCUCCAUUUUUAUAAAUGCUGUAUUUGUGGAAUAUCAUUUCUAUGUAGAUUUCUAUAAGGAUGAAAAGUUUAGAUAUAAAGAAAUCCUUGUGUAUGGUAUCAUUUCACGUUCUCAGUUCAAGACAAUAGAUAUAUUUAUUUAUUGUAGUACAUAAAGUAGUAGUCUGGCUUCAAGUGGUAUUACAAGAGGUAACGUGGGGAAGAGGAGCACCUUUCACAAGGGCAUUUCUACCCCAUGAUCGCGCAGAUAAUAAUAAUAAUAUCAUUAUUACUGUAGAUAAUACAUACGUACAGCUGCGUGAAGCAGCAGCAUCUAGUAUUUCGGAUACUUUAUUAUUUUUUUUCUUGAUUUCAUAGAGUUGAGACAGAAGAGUCUCAGACAUGUUCAUCAAGUAACUUUUCCUUCAUUUGUAUAAAGUAUAUCAUAACCAUGUAAAUUAUUAAGAGAGACAGCUUAUAUUAGCGACACACUUGUACAUAGAGCUUGAACAUUGCGAAAGACAUGAGCAAAAAAAAAAGUGGGGGGGGCGGGGGCGCUUUGAUGCAUGCGUUUCAUGAAAGAAGUGUAGUAAUCGCGCACUGAGAGGUUCUUUGUAGCAACGAUGCUUUCGAAUCUAUGAAUCAAAAUUCCUAGGUAAGACGUCUCGCGCCACCUUCCUCUCGAUGUUUGGCUCCGUGCUUCUUCCCCGGUUCGUAAGUACCACAAAAAGAAAACGGAAUGAAAAGUCUAUGAACACACUCUCUCUCUCUCUCUCUUCUCUGACUUGCGUGGGAGAUUGUGACCGUCUGGAAAAGAGAAACGGGAAAGCUUGUAUAGUUUAUCCCUUUUGGAAGAUCGGGAAACUCAUUCGUAAAUUUGCUCAUUCUCUUCACGAAAGAAACCAGUUAGUCGUGACCUCCAUUCCCCAUCUCAUAUACACAUAACGCAGCAUUCCAUGAUGUUCCACUAAACGAGAAUUUGCAGUAAUUAACAACAAACCAGCCUAGAGGUGUGACGUUGCAUGCUAUUGCCGGAACAGUUGCAUAGACGCAGAAGCGACUAGUUCUAUAGUUGUAGAGUUACCCUCAUACAGAACGCCCACCCCACCCCCCAACCCCCAUCCCCAUCCCCAUCCCCAACCUUCCCUAACUCGUAUUCGAUGAAUUUGUUCUUUAUUGCAAAUGCUGGCUCGCCGUCUGGAACCUAUAUACUAUAGGGUUUGAUGCUUUAAAAAACAAAUCUCAUUCGCUCUCAGCUAAUUUCAUCAUAAUAAUAAAUGAGAUUCUCGAUAGGCAAACAGUGUCUAUAAAAAUGUUUACCGUUAUUCAACCUAUGCUGCAUUAGGCUGUAAAAAGGCUUUAUAUUAUGGCUGUAUAAUGCAUAUAAUGAUAUAUUAAAAUGUAUGUUUGAAAAUACUUUAUUGCCUAAAGCGCCUACGGAAUCUUACUCAAACAACAAAAUCAAACGUUACUCCUCGGUAGAUGCUUCAAUUCAAGCAAACAUUCAAGUGAAGGCAUUUAGGCAUAAACACAAACCGAGUUAUCACGAGAAAUUAGUAGAAUCCAGAAACAUUACGAAAUGUAGUCACUCCCUUUGAUCGGAUUGUUGGCAGACAUCGAUAUCGGAAAACAUUUCAUUAAUGCAUUCGCGUUGUUCGAGUAAUACUUCUGAAGUUAUUGUUCGUAAUAUCUUUAGGUGAACCAAUUUCCAGUUGGCUUCUCUCCUGAAGAUUCCAAGGUUCACGAAUGGGACUGAGAUUAAAUUCACGUAGUCUCUACAAAGGCUUGACUGUUUGAUACGAAUUGGUUUGUACGAAUAGUUAGUAAAGAACGAAUAUUCCUAUAUUUUUUACAAGAGCUGUCUAAUGCUAUUGUUGCUUCAGGUGAGACGAAAAUUCUUUAUUAAAAACAAAUAUACUUUUUUUAAUCAAACGCUGUAUAGUUUCAACUUCCAUAAUCAUUGCAUCGUAUCGAUAAUCCUUUGAAUUUCUCUAAUCUAACAGCAUCUGUCAAAAUGCAUCUGAUACUUAAGAUCACAGUCGCCCUGUGACGGAAUUCGCGAUUGACAAAAAUAUCAAGCCAAAUUAGUAUCUUUUCCUGAUUCCUCAACCCCCAACCUGUAACCCGUCUAUACCAUCUCUAGGAUUAUGAGGUUGACAGUAGCUAGCUCCCAUUAGCUCUACUGCCUGGGAGGGUCACAUCCUCUUGCAGACUUACUUGUGACGGCAUUAACGCACUAGUACUAGGGGUGACUUGACCAGCUAGCUAUUCUUCAUCCGAGCUUCACGUUGUUGACAACCAAGCAUACGAGACCACAAAAGGAACCAUUUUAUCCGUUGCUCAGGAAGUAGAACUUGAAAUCUUUGUAGCAAAUGGCUAGUAGAAUUUUGCUACAAUUUAGGCUUCCCCCGUCUUGCCUUGCAGGAAGACUUGCAAACGUGUACAUCCCUCAGACAAAAUGACUAUUUGACACACUAUCUGAACCUUCCUAUCUCCACGGGACUUCUGUGCUCAAGAUACAUAGAUGUUGAACAGAAGAAUUUAAGUUUUCAUUUUUAUACGAUAAAAUUAGUUGUUUACUGUGUCCAUCUAGCAAAAACGCAAAAAAUAUAUGUGUGUGUGGAAAGCUUCAAGAUUCUUCUAAAUCAUCAUUAGUACAUUAGGGAUAAUGAUUCUCUUCGCAAACCAAACUGACCUAACCGCUAUCGUACAAGUGUUCCCUUAGAACAAACGUCUGUCGUAGUUGUGAAACCUUUUUAGGCCCAGUAUAUUAAAAGUAAAAAGUUCAAACUCGAUGUUUAGGGCAACUUUACAAUUUAGAAAUUUAUAGAAAGACAAAGGUUAUGAAUAAAUGACUUAGUUGAAUGAAAUGAUGAUGAUGAUAAUCUACCUCUCCACAUUUUAAAGCCUGAUGCUUGUUCCCGUUAAUCUUGUGAAUGAGAACGUUGAAAUAUAUCCUCUCUCAUCUUGGUAUGUCAGGUCAUAAUGGCUUUCUCUUUGCGUCAUUUAUGAGAAAUAUUCUUCAAGGAUUGUCCCUAUUAACUACAGAGUUACUACAAGAAGUUUUACAUGUUCCAUUUUCUCUCGAAGCAUUGCUGGUUCAGACAAAAACGUUUUUGGGUCUAGUGGUUAUGCUGAGGAGGCUUCUGGUGUCGGAAUCUGUUCGUUCUGCAGGUGAUCAAAUUCUUCAGUUUACUGAAGCAGAAGAAAAAAUCUAAACGGAUUAUCAUGCCACCUAAAGGAUAGCGUAUGAUCUACCAAUGCUCUUGUCAGCGUCGUUCAGCUUCGUCGCCUCGAUACUUAGUACCUACUUCCUCGACUAGUGGGGCUGACUGUCUAUGGACUGGCUGUUACGUGUACAUUCCAGGCAUCUCAUCCACGCUACAAUGAUUACGCCUUUUCUGCAGAUCGUCGUCCGACAUCGCGAGCUGAUUGUCUCUAUGCUCUGGUUAAUCACGUCUGAACUGCACCAGAAGUUCACCAGAUUCAAGAUGUAAUGGUGUAUAGGCUGCAGUUCAUGAUCUCACAUUGCGGGGUUGCAUAAUAUUGCAAUAUGUUAGGUGUAGGAUGCGCUGUAAGCCAAUUCAUUGGAUGUGUAUACCAUUAAUUUCCAUGAUAUAGACUUUGACAUGAAAUCAUUAAGCAGUGUCGUAUAUCACCUGUGUUUUGUAAGUGUGCUAUAUACAAUAAAGUAAUGAUAAUGGCAGUUAUGAUAAUAUUUUGAUGUUGAUAUCAUAAGACUAAAAUGGCCUUAUAUAUAUGGCCUUCCAGUUCAUCAGAAAUUCGUAGAUAUUUAACAUUCAAUCAUAUAGAUCAAUACACAAAACAGUACAGUAAGGAAUUAUAAUUUCUAAGUGAUUAUCAUGAUCAACUACUUUAUAUUACGUGACCAGGCAAAUGAUAUCUGUCUUUAACACAUUAUUUUUCAUUGGUGUUCUCUGCAAUUGGAAACAAGUGUGGUGCAAGUAUGCUUCUUUGAGGUCAAAUUGGUCAAACUUAAAAAUUAAUUUACGGCAAAUUUCAUGAAAAUCUUUGUCAUUUACCUAAUUUAAGGUUUACAACGCUUUUUCUAAGUGAUACAAAUGAUAUAUCAUUCUUUUAGGUCAGCAAUUCGACUGUGUAUGCAUUCAUAUAUUAAAAGACCCAAAACUAAUUAAUUUCGUUAAUAUAAGACCCCAAUCUGAAUAACAAUGUGGACUAUUCUUCUUUUUUUCAGAGUUUGAAUAGGUAGAUGGUUUAGAAUUACGAAAUCCAUGAAUGUAACAUAUCCUUUACUAGUCCUUGGCGCUGAUGACUUGCUUUGUAAGAAGAGUUUGAAACAAAAAUCUGCUUUAUACCAAAUGAAAAUAAAGGCCUACGAAUAAUGGGAAAGAAUGAAAAAAUCUUAGAAUAUAUUAGAUACAUCCUGAAACCAUUUCAUUGCUAAGGAUCAUUGCCAAUACUUUUUUUCCUUUAAAAACUCAAUGGAAUUUAGGAUUAAAUAGAUUGAAUAUGAUUAAAUAUGGCGAAAGAUAAUACAUAUCUGUGUCACCCUUUCCUUGUUUCUGUUUCUCUUUCUUUUGUACUUGUAAACAAAUAAUUUCCAUUGUUUAGAUGGACCAAGAAUUAAAGAAUAGAUGAAUUAUAAAGGUACCCAAAACAGAUGUCGCCCAGGUUUUUUAUUAUUAUUACUUUUUCACAUUUGAAAUAUCAUGUAUAAAUCUCUGUGUACACUCCUAGUUGUACUAUAUCAUGUUCUGUACAUGAAUGUAGCUUUGAUGUUGACAGUGCAGUAUUACCAAUAUUUGUGACUUGUCUUUGGAUCGAACAGAGAGUUUUACCCUUAAAUAGCAUUACUGGAGUAACCAUUAUAGAGUAUAACUGCAAAACCCACGCGGUAAGUUGAAUUAAGUUUUUUUUUAACAAGCUCAUAUGAACUGCAACAAGAGCAGGUAUCCAAUGACAAGAUUAAACCAGUUAAAAAUUUUUCACACCUAUACUAGUUUUUGUAAGCCUUCGUAAGAUUUCCAAUACUUUCCACUUUUCUACCUAUUAAGGAUACUUUUAGGUAUGCUGUAUGGAAAUUGAUUUUCAACAUUUUUAUACCCAGAACAUUUUGAGAGAAGUCAUUUUUGUGAGUCCUCAAGGAGGAAUGAUUUUAAGGUCCUAUACUGGAAAUAGACUCGAGUCCGUUUAUGUGCGGGAUGCUCUCGUGAACCGAAGGAUGAGCUCAGAGUCUUAUGUGGGUUGUAAGGAAACGCUGGAUCUAGUCUUAAAGGAGACGGAGGGGCUUUGAAAAAGUCAAGCCGUGAGUUGUAAAAAGUAAGAUAAGGAUAAUGUACGAGGUUUAAACGCAAAUUGCGGAGGUCGUGGCCGGAUGAAAGAAAAAAAUAAUAGUUCUGUUCGCUCGUUUGCCGUUUAUGAGUGGCCGAGGACAUAAAGGCUGGGUCUUUCUUCCUGAAUACGCCUUAAAGAGUGAUUUUGUGCUCUGAGCAUGAGUGCCUGUUUAAACCUCGAUGUACUGUAGAUCUUACAAAAACGAUAGCUAUGUGACAAGCGCUCUAUAACAAAAGAUUAAAAAAAAAAGAAAAAAACAUUUUAUAGGUUGAAUAUUAUUUGUUAUUGUAUUUGCCAUGAAUGGUUAUGAUUUUAAAGAUAUUUAUGUACAAAUAACUUAAGUUUAUAUGUGGCGAGGUGGUGCUAUGUGUGUGUAUGGCAAUGUAUUACAUGAAGCCAUUAAAAUGUGAGGUCUCCA